CACACACUUCUGCGUCCAGACAAGGGGGUUACAUCUCUUGGGUGAAGGAAAGCGACUCGUUUACCGCCAAUAUUCACACACGCGAGUGUCAGAGACCAAGUCAACAUGGCAACCCCCCAAGUCAACAUGGCGAUCAAUGAGCCUGGAAAGGAUCUUCCGCGUACACACAAGUGUGGCAAGUGCGACAAGGAGUUUCAUCAACUGAGUGACAUGAAAAGACACCUGCAUUCUCACGCUGAGAAGAAACCAUUAAAGUGCGAGGAUUGCGGCAAACAGUUCAGUAAGCUGAAUCAGCUAAAGAGUCAUAUGAGAACCCACACUGGCGAGAGGCCCUAUAAGUGUGAAGAAUGGAGCAAACAGUUUAGUGAGCUGUGUAAUCUAAAGAGGCACAUGCGGACUCAUACCGACGAGAAGCCCUAUAGGUGCGAUGAAUGCAGCAAACAGUUCAGUGAGCUGGGUUCCCUGGAGAGGCAUGUGCGGAUUCAUACAGGUGAAAAACCUUACAAAUGCGAGGAGUGCAGCAAACAGUUUAGUCAGCUGUGUAACCUGAAGAGGCAUAUAAAGACUCACACUGGUGAAAAGCCUUACAAAUGUGAGGAGUGCAGCAAACAGUUCAGUGAGCUGUGUAACCUGAAUAGUCAUAUGCGGACUCACACGGGUGAGAAGCCCUAUAAGUGUGAUGAAUGCAGCAAACAGUUUAGUGAGCUGGGUAGUUUGAAGAGUCAUAUGCGGACUCAUACCGGUGAGAAGCCCUAUAGGUGUGAUGAAUGCAGCAAACAAUUUAGUCAGUAUACUACUAUGAAGAGGCAUAUGAGUACGCACACUGGAGAAAAGCCUUACAGAUGUGAGGAGUGCAGCAGGCAGUUCUGUGCGCUAAGUAAUCUAAAGAGCCAUAUGCGUAUACACACCGUUGAGAAACCUUACAAGUGUGAGGAGUGCAGCAGACGGUUCAGUAUGUUGAGUCAUCUGAAGAGCCAUAUGAGGACUCAUACCGGUGAAAAACCCUACCGGUGUAAAGAAUGUAGUAGGAGCUUCCGGACCUCAAAUGUUCUACGCAGGCACAUGCGAACCCACAUCGACGGAAGUUCGACACAGGUACCGAAGUGAAGGUUACGGCCACCAGGGAAAAACGGAAGAGACAAGUAGGACCAAGAGAAGCCACUAAUCCAAUUUGCUAGUAUAUAGGUGACUGGUGUAGGUUCGAUUCUUCGUUGAAGAAUUUGACGACUCUGGGCUGUCAGUGAAGACAUUCACGUACACUGAUGAUCUGAUUGCAGUCAUAUUUAAUCAAUAUGUAGACACUAUACCAGCCUGUAACUUCAAUAUGUGCUGUUUGUGUUGAAAUUUAGGAAUAGUGGUGGUUUUGUCAUUGGAAAGAUUUUAGCCAAAUCAACCAUUGAAAAAACAUUGAACGUUUUAGGAUAUUGUACUCUUCUUUCAUUUUUAAUCUAUGCGUUUACGAUAUUGUGCUCUCCUGAUGUGUUUUUUUUUUUUGUAUUAAACUGGCAAGUAACUUUUGUGAACACCACAUCUGUACAUAUAUAGAUAGAAUAAGGAAGUAUAAUGAUGAUGGCGAUGAUUGUUUACUCGUUUGCACGGGACUGUAAGUAACAGAACCGCAUUAAUAUUAAUGUUAAUACAUACAUUUUUUUUUGGAAAAGACUACCUAUGAUAUAGAAAUUGCAGCGUGUUUCAAGUGUACCAUAAUCAAGGUAACUUUAUGCCGUCGUAGUUAAGUGAUAAGAAAAAGAGUGCAUUGAAAGAAGCAAACUAUUUGACACAUGCGUGAAACAUAUUUUGCUGUAUGGUUCGGAAAUAUGGGGUUCAUUCAAAACUCCAAAAUCACGCACCACCCCGGCCAAUUGAAGCUAUCCAUCUAAAAUUUUGUAAACAAUCAUUGAAUGUCCCCAGAUCCGCAUAUGCAUG